UCGGAGCGAAGUAGCCACCACCUAUCCUAGCUUGUUUUAGAUAUAUCGUUCCGUUUUUAAAAAUGUACCGAAGUUACUAACACGAAUUUGAACAUUUACGAUACGAGCAUCGUGUUAAUUAUUAAAGAGUGUAUCUGUUUUCAUUUACGCUGUCAGCAUUACCUAGCUAUGUGGUUUAUGAUCAUCUCUGUCAACUUCAACCUGCCAGCCAGCGAGCCCGUUUCAUUUCAACGCUACUGUUAGCAAACCAGCUAACUGUCAAGCUACGCAACGUCAACACACUAUUAGCGUUUGUUUGUAAAUACCCCUAGUGUUGCAGUCGAUCUUUAUAAAUGACAGGGGGGCCGUGAUACACUUCGCAUGAAGGAGGGAUUUGUUUUGACGAAGAAUGGAUUGCACAGCGCUGGAACUUGAUGCAGUGAAAUUCGCCAAAUCCGCUGUCUUGUUCGACCAAAAAGGAAAGUACAAUGAAGCGGUGUUCUAUUACAAGGAAGCGGCUCAGGCACUCAUCUACGCUGGCAUGGCAGGAUCUAAACUGGAAAGCAUACAGGAUAAGGUGAACGAAUAUCUGGACCGCGUGCAGGCCCUCCACAAUGCAGUCCAGGCCCAGAGCAGCGGUGGCGACCCCCUGAAGAGCAAGCAGCAGCUGGAUCUGGAGCGCGCAUACUUCCUGGUCACGCAGGCCUUCGAGGAGGACGAGAAGGAGAACACAGACGAGGCCAUCGAGCUGUACACACAGGCUGUGGAGCUGUGCAUACAGGCGUCCAAUGAGACGUCUGACCAGGGCCUGCAGGGCAAACUGAAGCAGCUGGCUCGCCAAGCUCUGGACAGGGCAGAGGGCCUGAAGGAUGCCCACAGCAAACCUGCCUCCGCCUCCUCGGCAGCGGUGCCCAAGCCCCCAGCCGCGGCCGCGGCCCCCGUGCGACAGUUCUUCCCCCUGGGCCCAGACUUCAGCCUGCAGGACCGGCCGCAGCCAAUGAGAGCGGUCCAGUCCAGCGAGCCGCAGGGGCAACGCUACACGGCGGAGGAAAUAGAGGUGCUCAGGAGCACGUCCAAGAUCAACGGGAUCGAGUACGUACCCUUCAUGAGUGUGGACCUGAGAGAACGCUUCGCCUUCCCUCUCCCCUUCACGGAUAAGCGCGGCAAGCUGGCAUUGGCCCCUAAGCAGUCGGCCAUCUUCUCCCGCUGGGUGCGUCCAGAUGAGAUCUGCAAUAACCCCACCAUGAUAUUCACCGUCUCCAGCUUCAGCAUCAAACAGACUGUGGUGUCGGACUGUUCCUUCGUGGCCUCUCUGGCCAUCAGUGCGGCGUACGAGAGACGAUACAACAAGAAACUCAUCACCAGCAUCAUCUUCCCUCAGAACAGGAGAGGGGAGCCGGAGUAUAAUCCCUGUGGCAAGUACAUGGUCAAGCUGCACAUUAACGGCGUGCCCAGAAAGGUCAUCAUUGAUGACUAUCUGCCCGUGGACCGCAACGGGGAGCUGCUGUGCUCCUAUUCGAGUAACAAGAACGAGCUGUGGGUGUCGCUGAUCGAGAAGGCCUACAUGAAGGUCAUGGGGGGAUACGACUUCCCAGGAUCCAACUCGAACAUCGACCUGCACGCGCUGACCGGCUGGAUCCCUGAACGGAUGGCCAUGCACUCGGACAACCAGGCCUUCAGCAAGGACGACACCUUCCGCAUGCUGUACCAGAGGUUCCACAGAGGUGACGUCCUCAUCACCACAGCUACCGGAGUGAUGACGGAGGAGGAAGGGGAGAAGUGGGGAUUGGUACCCACCCACGCGUACGCAGUCCUGGACAUCCGGGAACACAAGGGCAAGCGCUUCCUGCAGCUGAAGAACCCGUGGAGCCAUCUGAGGUGGAAAGGCCGCUAUAGCGAGAGGGACGAGAAGAACUGGACCCCAGACCUCCUCAAAUACCUCAACUUCGACCCCAAGAUGGCACAGAAGUUUGACAACGGUGUGUUCUGGAUCAUAUGGGAGGACCUGUGCCAGUAUUAUGAUGUCAUCUACCUCAGCUGGAACCCUGCUCUGUUUAAAGAGUCCUCUUGCAUACACAGUAGCUGGGAUGCUAAGCUGGGCCCGGUGAAGGACGCCUACAGCCUGGCCAACAACCCGCAGUACAAGCUGGAGGUCUCCUGCCCACAAGGGGGCACUGCAGUCUGGGUGCUGCUCACAAGACACAUCACAGACAAGGAUGACUUUGCACAAAAUCGGGAGUUCAUCACGUUAGUGGUUUACAAGACAGAUGGGAAGAAAGUGUAUUACCCCGCUGACCCUCCUCCGUACAUCGACGGCAUCCGCAUCAACAGCCCCCACUACCUCACCAAGGUCAAGCUGAGCAGCCCCGGCACACACACCUUCACCCUCGUCGUCUCGCAGUACGAGAAACAGAACACCAUCAACUACACACUACGGGUGUACUCUGUAUGCAAGUUCAACUUCUCCAAGAUCCCCACUCCCUUCACGCAGACCAAGAGGAUCAAUGGUCAGUGGAAAGGGGCGAGUGCUGGAGGUUGUGGCAACUAUAAGGACUCGUAUAAGCACAACCCCAUCUACCAGCUCAACAUGGAGAAGUCCGGACCCUUGCUGGUGGAGCUGAGAGGAUCCAGGCAGUACAGUGUGGGCUUCGAGAUGCUGACCGUGUCCACCGUGGGGGAACCGGGAGCAGCGGCCUUCCAGCGCAAGAGCAGCGGAGACUACCGAUGUGGUUUCUGCUACAUGGAGGUGGAGCAUGUCCCGGCCGGCAUCUACAACCUGAUCCCCACCACCUUCCUCCCCAAGCAGGAGGGGCCCUUCUUCCUGGACUUCAGCAGCGCCGCGCCCCUACGCGUCUCCCAUCUGCAGUGAAGGAUGUCACCUCCUCUCCCCUACGCGUCUCCCAUCUGCAGAAAAGGAAAUCACCUCCUCUCCCCUCCUCUCCCCUACGCGUCACCU